AUGGGUGGCCAAAAGUUUGCUGUUCUUCUUUGUGCAGAGGACUCAGACUAUGUAAAGAAAAUGUAUGGGGGGUAUUUUGGGGUGUUCGUAAGAAUGCUCGAAGAAGAAGGUGAAAUAUGGGAUAUGUUCCGAGUGUCAAAUGGGGAAUUUCCCGAAGAUGAAAAGGUCGGAGAAUACGAUGGAUUCGUGAUCACAGGAAGCUGUAAUGAUGCUCAUGGCAAUGAUCUUUGGAUCUGUAAACUCAUGAAUUUGCUCAAGAAAUUAGAUGAAAUGAAAAAGAAAGUUCUGGGUAUUUGCUUUGGUCAUCAGGUUUUGGAGCUCCCUCCAAAAGCAGAGGUGAUGGCAUGGUCAAACAAGACUGGAAUCGAAAUGUUUCGGUAUGGUGAUCAUAUUAUGGGCAUUCAAGGUCAUCCCGAGUAUACCAAAGACAUACUGUUGAACCUCAUCGAUCGACUUCUUCACCGUGAUCUCAUACAGGAGUCUUUUGCUGAAGAAGCCAAGUCCAAGUUGGAGGCUAAUGAGCCAGACAAGGAGGCAUGGAAAAAACUGUGCAUAGGCUUCCUUAAAGGGAGAUUGUGA